AUGACCCCCAACAUCUUCCUCACAGGCUUCUCCGGCACCGGCAAGACCACUAUCGGGCGCGAGGCGGCGCGCAUACUCGGCUGGCGCUUCGUUGACCUCGACGAGUGCAUCGAGGCGGACGCUGGCAAGUCCAUCGACGCGAUCUUCGCUGAGCAUGGGGAGCCGCACUUCCGCGCGCUCGAAGCGCAGACGCUGCUCGCCGCCUGCAAGUCCGAGCGGCAGGUCGUGUCCACGGGCGGCGGUAUCGCAGAGAGCGCCGAUAAUCGCACCGCCAUGAUGCAGCACGGCGCUGUCGUCUGUCUCGAAGCCUCGCCGGAGACCAUAUACGAGCGCGUACUCGCGCAGAGCACAGGCGACGAUGCUAUCGUGCGCCCCAUGCUCGCCGCAGACGACCCCCUGGACCGCAUCCGUUUCUUGAAGUCCCAGCGCCAACUGAACUAUACUCUUGCUCACUGGACAGUUCACACCGACAUACUGUCGCCCGAGCAGGCGGCGCACGAAGUCGUCCGCGCGUUCGACAUACUCAACGACGACGAGGAAGGGAUAUGCUGGAAAGCCUAUCCUGAUUGGAUGCGCGACAGAGCAAAUCAACUAGAAGAUGAGGACAAACAGCCAACCGGCUAA